AUGUGGGAUUCUCUUCAAGCAGCUCAUGAGGGAAAUAAGGUUAUUAAGGAGAACAAGAUACAACUAUUCAAAGUUCAGUACAAGGUUUAUAAGAUAGAAGAAAGAGAAACUGUUGCGGAGUAUAUGUUCAGAAUCAAUGACCUUGUUAACAACAUGAGAGCUCUUGACAAAGAUCUUUCUGAAGUGAAAAUUGAUGAGCUUCAGGCCUCUCUUACUACCUAUGAAAUGAGAAUUGGUGUUCCAGUUGUUCAUAGAAGAGAAGCUGCACUUAAAGCAAAGGAAGUUGUUGAGAAAACUGAAAAAAAGUCUGAAGAUGAUCUUAAAGAAGAUAAGAUAGCCUACCUUACUAAGAAAUUUAGAAAGUUCAAGUUUAAAAACAAGAAUCAGCUACAAAAUGUAACCUGUUAUGGCUGUAGUAAAUUUGGUCAUGUUGUAUCUAAUUAUCCGAACUCAAAGGGGCAAAGCCAGAAGAAGAAUGAGGGAGGAAACUAUAAAGGAAGGUUCGAUAGAAAAGCACUCAUCUCAGACUGGGAUGCAGCUUCUGAAGAAGAAAAAUCUGAGGAGACACAAGAUGAAUUUCUCUUUAUGGCAAUUCUUGAAGCACCACAAACUCUAGUUCAAGUUGAAGAAGAUAAUGACACUGAGAUUGAGGAAAUUCUUGAAGAGUGUGAAAGGCUUGCAGUGAAGUGUGAUCAAGAGAAGGGUCAGAUAAAAAGGCUCAGCUCAGAAUUGUUAAAGUCCAAACAAAUUCUCCCUAAACACUUCAAACUUAAACUGUCAAUGUUGUGUUCAGUUUCUCUCAUCUAUCAAAGCUUAUUGAAAUCUCAAGUCAACACUCAGUGGUCUACCAAGAAGUAUAAAGAAGAACUAUCUCUCAUUCUCGAAGAAAGAUCCCUAAAGAUGGCUGAGAUCUGGAAGCAAUCCACAAAGCAAAUUGGCAAGACUGGAAUUGGCUAUGUGUGUGAUUCAGCAACAAAGAUCAAUCAAACUCACUCUAUAUUUGUCAAAGCCACAACUGGUGAAGUGUAUGCAAGAGACAAUCAAAAGGCAAAAAUCAUUAGUAUUGGAACUAUAAACAAGUCUAAAGAGUUACCUGAGAUUCAUGAAGUUCUUCUUACUGAAGGGCUCAAACACAAUCUUCUUAGUGUUAGCCAACUGUGUGACAAUGGAAAAGAAGUAUGUUUCAAUAAAGAGAAGUGCAGUGUGGUUGAUCUCAGAUCCAAUUCGAUGUAUAGAUCCUCAGGAAAUGUUUAUACUGUUAUUGAAGAAACUCAGAAUACUCAAUGCAAUCUGAUAACUUGUGAUGAAGCUAAGCUAUGGUACAAAAGAUUAGGAUAUCUGCACUCAAGAAAUUUGUCUAAACUCCUCAAACUAAAAGCUGUCAAAGGGUUUGAGCAAUACUGUGAUGAUAAAGGUAUCAAGAAAGAGUUCUCAGCUGUUGCUACUCUUCAAUAG